AUAAAACCGUAAUUGGUAAUUCUAAUCAUUCAUUGUUUGCGAAUCUCCUUUGCUAUUAACAAGUAUCCGAAAGGUUUGAACAACAUGAAAGUUUUAUUGAUAAUUUGUGGUGUUAUCGCUGUAGUUUGCUUGCAAUGCGAGGCAAAAACGUUCACAAGAUGCCAGUUGGUCCGCGAGUUGAGAAAACAGAAAUUUCCAGAAAAUAAACUAAGAGAUUGGGUUUGUCUUGUGGAGAGUGAGAGCUCCCGCCGCACACAUGUCAUCAGUCGCCCCAACAGUAACGGAUCCCGCGACCACGGCCUCUUCCAGAUAAACGACCGCUACUGGUGCAACAACUCUAACAAGCCGGGAAAAGACUGUAACACCACUUGUGCAGCACUAAGGACUGACAACAUCACAAAGGCCUCCAAUUGCGCGAAGAAGAUCUACCAACGGCACGGUUUCAACGCUUGGUAUGGCUGGAUAAACAAGUGCAAGGGAAAGAAUCUUCCCGUUAUCAGUAAUUGUUGAUACCUAAGCAUUAGUUAUCACAUAUACUAGUAGCAGCUAAUAGUUUUACUGAUGUCUAUUUUCUAUAAAUUUAAGACUAAUUCAAUUUAUCAAAGCAAUUUGUGAUAUCCUCAAGGAAGACCUUUUCUUCUUAAUUGUAAACAUAUAGAUAAGAUGUAGCAAUAAAUAAGUAGCUCCUUAGAGAUAUCUUUUUACCAACCGCUCG